AUGACAAUGGCUGAAGGGGAUGUGUUGCUCGCAAAGGACCCUAUAGGUUCUGAGACAUGUACAGCUGAAGUCCCUACAAUUAAAGACAUAGAGCAGCUUUUGAAUACUGGGCAAUCUUCUUGUAACCACACUGAUGAAGUAUGGCCUAACCUCUUCUUAGGAGACCUAGUUACAGCUCACAACAGAUUUGGUUUAUGGAAGAUGGGCAUUACCCAUGUUUUAAAUGCUGCCCAUGGCACAAUGUUAUGCCAAGGAGGCCAAGACUUUUAUGGCACUACCAUUGAUUACUAUGGCGUACCAGCCUAUGACCUUCCAGACUUCGACAUAAGCCAAUACUUUUUCUCUGCAGCAGAGUUUAUACAUAAAGCCUUGAACACACCAGGAGCUAAAAUUUUGGUGCACUGUGCGGUUGGAAUAAGCAGGUCAGCUUCUUUGGUGUUGGCAUACCUCAUGAUAAAUCAUCACCUCCCGUUAGUCAAAGCCAUCAAAGCAGUGAAGAAACAUCGAUGGAUUUCACCCAAUCGAGGGUUUCUGAAACAGCUGCGAAAUUUGGACAUUCAGCUACGACAAACAAGAGGCUGUUGA